AUGGGCAGUAAGAGGAACACAGUAUCCCAACAAUUACUGUGGGUGCUGGAAUUAAAUUGACAAUUUGUAUUGUUAAUCACCUUAGCUUCCUGGACUGGGGGAGCUGCAUAAUCAGCCAGGCCAAAGCCCAGAGGAAAUCAAUCCUCUUUUUCUUCCUGCUACUGCCUACUCUCCACUAUCUACCCCCCUCUCUGAUCUCCUCAUCUACUCCUCUCCCUCUUUCCCUUUGUCUUAUCCAGCCGUAUCCUCAAUGAUUCUCUCCUUAUAUAGGGAUUGAGGGGGCCUCCCAACAAUCUCGGGGGCAUGGCGGGAGGGCGGGGGAGGGCGAGUGGAGGGAGGUGAGGUAGGAGGGCUGGAUUUGAGCUUGAGGGAUUUCGGUCUUAUUCUUUAGGGAUUGAUGGAUUCUUUCUUCGGGCUUUAUUUCUUUUUGUUGAGUGAUCUUUCUCUAUAUCUGAUCUCUCUCUACUAUCUCUCUAUCUCAUCUCUUCUUAUCUUCUCUCUUCUCUUUUCUUCUCUCUCUCUCUUUCUCUCUGUUCCUAUCUUUCUGCUAAAAAGUAAUGUCUUACUUGGGAGUGAUUUUCCGUGGCGUGAAACCGUGUGCCAUUGAGUCCGACUGGCCUCCCCAUUGUUCGGAGUCUUAAAGGUUGUAAUUUAGUUGCAAUCUCACAGUUGGCAUAUUACACUCAGUGGCAGACACACUGUUUUUACCCAACCUUUAGCAAACUGGUGACAAUUGUAAACAUCUAUUUCUAACAGUUCCAGAUGUUUUAUGUUACUUGGCUUGCCUAACAACCCUCUGAUUAAACAUGGUUGAUCUUCAGGAUAUUUUGAUUUUGUUAUUUGCAGAAUUCUAUGCUUCUACUGCGAGUCUGUAUAGAAAUCCUACAAACCAUUGCAGGCUCUAGAUGACAGCAUGUGCAAAUGCGCAACUACAGUGAGGGAAAAAAGUGUGGUGAAAUGAAGAAUGCGAUCUGCUUCAUCGCCUAAGUUGACUCCCAGUAUUUACUUAAAAGUAGCUACAAAUAUUCAAAUGUAUUAAAAAACUUUAAAGAAAUAGUUUCAACGGUAUUCAAAAACCAUCCCUUUAAUAUUUAGAAAUAUCCCAGUAUACGGUACAGUGAGGGAAAAAAGUAUUUGAUCCCCAAGUGAUUUUGUACGUUUGCCCACUGACAAAGACAUGAUCAGUCUAUCAUUUUAAUGGUAGGUUUAUUUGAACAGUGAGAGACAGAAUAACAACAAAAAAAUCCAGAAAAACGCAUGUCAAAAAUGUUAUAAAUUGAUUUGCAUUUUAAUGAGGAGGGGAUCAAAUACUUUUUUCCUUCACUGUACAUUUUCAUAAUAACAUCCAUCAGGCACUGAAGUAAGGUAGCAGCAUAAACCAAUCCCAUUACAAAGUCAAUAUCUAUAUUAUAUUUAUAAUGUCAAUAUCUAUUUUAUUAGUGGUGACAGUGACAAUGUCCACAUUGAUUCAUAUUCUCUCCCCACAAGGGCAUUCUGCUGUACUGUGAUCACCAGGGCUCCACGUUUGACGUGAGCAAGCUGCCUAGUUGCAGGUUUGAGGACAUGGACCACUUCCAGAAGUGCUUCCUGAUCCUGAGGCUGGAGGAGGGCCAGGUGGAGGGGGAGAGAGGGCUGCAGAGGGACCCAGGGGACAGCAGGGGCUGGAGGGCCGUACGGGUGGACCUGGUGGCCCCACCUGUUGACCGCUACGCCUUUGCCCUCCUGGGCUGGACCGGCUCCAAGGUAGGCAUGGAUCAAAUUAUUGUGAAAUGAAUGUGGAUGCCAAGACAAACAAAGAUACAUUGACUAAAAUCCUUAUUCAAUCUUGUUCUAAAGGCAGCUGAGUUUGAAUUAGGAAACAUUUAAUCUGCAAAAAACAAAUGAUCCAAUUCACAUGAUGAUAGCGCUUGACAGAGCACUCAAUAACCAAAAAUAAAACAUUGAUGAUGAGAAAUGAAUAGCUAAACACUAACAGGAAAGCUAGCUUGCCAAGCUGGCCUUCAUUGUGUUUUCGCUGGUGACUGGCCUUUGUUAUGUUUUUGCUGGAGACCAGCCUUCAUUGUGUUUUCGCUGGUAACCAGCCUUCGUUGUAUUUUUGCCGGUGACCAACCUUCGCUGUGUUUUGGACACUGGUGACCAGCAUAAGCCAAAGCAAAACCAGCAUCAAGUCACAUCAUGCUGGCUUGCAAAGUGAUGUUUAAUUUCAUUUACAUUUUAGUCAUUUAGCAGACACUCUUAUCCAGAGUGACUUACAGGAGCAGUGUUAGUGAUGACAAGGGCAGAUCUUUUUACAAAAAAAGCUACAAAAGAGUAGUUAGAAGGUAAGGGGUUCUUCUACAUAGAAAAUCAUAGGAAAUACCAGGACAUUGUGUCUAUAAUACUGUAAUAAGUUGCUGUCACAAACUCCAAACUCCACACAGUUGUCACUGAUUAGUUGGCUAUUAAUGUCCCUCUGACCAAACAAUUUCUGUACUUACAGCAUUCAUAUAAAUUCAUUUUUAUCAGGUUUUUGCUUUGGCAGACCUUAUUUGUUUUAUUGACAUUUGUCAAUAAAACUCAUGAAUGCAACUGUUCAUGUCAAAUUGUGUUGUGUUCUACUUGUAGCCCUGGACGUCCAGAAAAGAAAAUGGUAAAACACAUCAUUGUGAGGCUAAAUAUAAGGGCUGAACAGUGGCGGCUCCUGAAAAAAUUCUCAGGAGGGGCAAUUUUUCUGAUGAUUUAGGUGACCUACACACAUUUUAAAAAAGAUAUGUCCAGCAACAACAUGAAGACAGGGGCAGCAUAUAAGUCAAUACCAGAAGCAUUUAUUGACUGAUCUGGGGAGAUGGAUUCCAGUUUCUGUGACAGAUUAUAAAUAAUCUCUGAUGCCUUUGUUAUAUUAGCUUUUGGUUGAAUGUACUGUCGUAGUAAAUAUAUAAUGUUAUAGCUUGGUCUGACUAAAAUCUUGUGCAUGACCCAUUUUGUGUUGGGCGUUUGUUUUCAAUCAAUGCUGUUCCUAUCCUAUAACAAUGGACAAAAGAGUCCUAUCUUGUCAGCCUUGUCAGCAGGUGGCCAAGGACAACACCCACGCCAUAGGUCUCUCAGUUCUUCCAACUCACGAGUUCUUGCUCUGAGGACACACACACACACACACACACACACACAUCAUCACUGAUAACACACACACACACACACACAUCAUCACUGUUAAACACACACACACACACACACAAAAAUCCCCUCUCUUUAGGCUGAACAUUUGAAGACAGAGAACCCGACUCAGAGCCAAUGCAACAGUGGAGGGGACCUCGCCCAACUCAUCAGGACCAAUCAGAAGAUCAGAACUACUAGAUUCAACCUACAUCAUUUAUUGUAUAAAAUGUCUGCACACAAUGUUUUCGGGGCUCUCUUCUCCCUAAGAGUUUGACGAACGAGUCCGUGCACGCGAUUCCAGAUAUCUUUACCUCUGAAUAAACUGCCUUUAUUAUACCAUAUCCACCCUGUCCAAAGUCUCUACUUGGUCUCAGUUCUCCAGUAAACUUGUGAUUAUCAACAGUACACAACGGUAACAAACAAUUGGGGGAACUCACGGGGCAGAUAGUAAGGUCGCAAUGACACAGAAAGCAGUUCAAUGUCGGGGUACAGAGUCGCUCUCUUACCAGGAUCGCGGUCCGCUCUGACCAGGGUGAAGCCGGCCGGCUCCACUUCUCUGUCCGGGACUCUGUCAUCCAGCCAAGUCUCCCAGCUGUAUUGGAUUCCGCUGCCAGCAGCGUUUUCAUUAUUUAGUCCGUUCGUAGCGGGUAUGUACACGAUCAACAAGAUCAGUCCAAAAUCCACCACUGGAAAUCCAUGGUUGGCAGAAUGUUUGUAAACUAAGUCUACAAAUUAAAAACAUAAAAUAACGCCACACUGCUGGUCGCAACAGAGACGCUGCUAGCCGCUAUUGUCUUAGUUACGUUCAUGGUUACGUCACGUAUGACGAAAGCGCGUAAGUGCAAGCCCACAGACACCCAUAGAGAAUGUAUUGAAAGCUUUGAAAUUUGAAAAAAAUAGAUUUUACAUGACAGGCUAUGAGAGACUUCUGGGCGAUUUUCAACCUGACUGAAAUCGCCCCAAAAACGGGCGGGGCCAUUUGAAGCACGACUUUAGCCUGAUUUGACAUUUAGUGGCUGGCAGAUCAGACGUGAACACUGAUAACUACUGUUGCCGUGAUAUAAUUGAUUAGAAAAAAAAUCCCUUCCUUUUCCCGUUUGGCAGUGCGUCGCCCAUAUCGCCCUAUUGAACAGGCCGUCCCUGGGGCUGAACAUGCAGAUACUGUACAUUUUAGCCUGCAUGUUUGCUGCGAAAAGAUGGGCUUAUUUCAGGCAAAGUGUGGGCUGCCCUCAACAGAGUGGCGAUAUCCGAAUUGUUGGAUGUACCCACUCAGGCUGGAUUCCAAUAGGAAUUAGAUAUCACUUUGCAAGAUAGCAUAAUGUGAUUUGAUGCUGUUUUUGCGGGUAACUAAGUUGGUCAGCUGUGUCCAAAACACAACGAAGGCUGGUCGCCAGCAAAAACACAGUGAAGGCUGGUCACCAGCAAAAACACAGUGAAGGCUGGUCACCAGCAAAAAUACAGCGAAGGCUGGUCACCAGCGUAAACGCAACGAAGGCUGGUCACCAGUGUAAACGCAACGAAGGCUGGUCACUAGAUAAAACAAAACGAAGGCUGGUCACCUGUGAAUUUACAACGAAGGCUGGUCACCAGCGAAAACACAAUGAAGGCUGGUCUAUGCAUUUUUUGUUUUCAGCAGAGUUACUGUUGGGGAAUACAACAAGGGUUGUAAGGUGGCAGGAGGGUGGAGGAAAGGGGGAUAAAUGAAAUAAAAAAGGAUAACAAGAGAUAUGAUUAUCAAUUCUGUUCUUCCACAGCAGUUUGGGAGAGAUCUGAGGACAUUUGCCCGAAAGGAGAGGCAGAUGCUUCUUGACAACCAUGCCCUGUAUGACAAAACUAAGGUACUGUGUGUUCCCUCAUAUACAGUGCAACUGAUAAUACAAGGCUCAACCAUUUGUUUUAGACCGGUCUUGUCCCAAUGGUGGUGAUGCUCAAUAUAUCUUUACCACUGAGGCAAUUUUUUUUGUCACCUACAGUAUCAUGCUGUACUAGUACAAAUGUUUAGUUGUCAUAUUGGCUCUCUCUCUCUCUCUCGCUCCAAAGUCUAGCCUCCAGAGUGCGUGUUUAUGAAUCUGGGUGGUGAAUUAUAGCCCUUGUCCUCGAACGUUAUUGGAGGGAUUAGGCUUGGGUGUUAGAAUGCCUAGGCUGGGAAUACACAGACACAUUAUCUUGAGUUAUUUUAUAACAAUAUGUGCCUCCUCUGAGUGAGCAGAAACUAGAUAUUGACGUGAGGGAAACAUUUUUAAUUACAGCUCUGCUUGCUCUGAGGAGGCAUGAUGCACCCCACACACACAUGCGCACAGACAUAAGGAGGCACGCAUACACAAACAGACAAACACACACACAUGCACGCCCACAUACACACCGGCAGAUGCAUACACGCACGUAAGCAACACACACACAAACGCACAUACACACAUACAUGCAUGUACACACACACACACACAGUCCUGCAUAACUAACCGUGUGGGGACACACAAUUCAGUCCCAUUCAAAAUCUUAUUUUCCCUAACGUAACCUUAACCCUAACCUUAACCCCAAAACCUAACCUUAACCCUAACCCUAAACAUAACCCUAGCUCCUAACCCUAGCCCUAAAACUAACCCUAGGUCCUAACGCUAACCCUAAACCUAAUUCUAACCCUAACACUAAUUCUAACCUUAACCAUAAACCUCUAGAAAUAGCAUUUGACCUUGUAGGGACUAACAAAAUGCCACCAGUUGGUCAAUAUGUAAUUUGUUUACUAUUCUUGUGGGGACUUCUGGUCCUCACAAGUAUAGUUAAACACGUCCACACACACACACACACACACACACACACACACACACACACAUACACACACACACACACACACACACACACACACACACACACACACACACACACACACACACACUCUAAAGUUAACAUCAGCUUUAAGUUAUAAGUGAAUCAAAUCCAUCUAUUGGUUUCAAUAUAUGAGGUAGAGGCUUGUUAAGGUGACAUUAAUUGUACUGCGAAGCACAAGGUUCAUUUCCAAAUGAAUUACAUUUGCAUCUCAGUUUCAGCCAAUUGAUUGAUUGAGAAACUAAUAUGAUAAAAGGCUAUUAUAUCAAUGUACAUCCCAUUAUAAUUCAAAUCACAUUAUCCCUCACUUGCCCACACAGCAAGACCUAAUUACAUUCAGUUUAAUACAUCUUGAAUGAUAGGGGGAAAUGUAGAUUUCUGCAUAAAUAGACAUAUCCAAAAGUAAUUUUUUUUUGUUGAGAUGGUCGUAAACAAUAACUGGUAAUGCUGCAUAGUUUUAGAAAGGUCUGGAACUCAACUUUUGUUUUAUUUUCAUAGAUUGCUGAGGUCUUGUGUACACCUUUGAGUACACAAGCGCAGUAGAAGUAUUAUGAAAAUAUAAAAAUAUGAAAAAUAUUACAUUAUUUUUUUCCUAUUCAACCAAAGUGGUGCAAUAGGGCUUCAAAUGAUUGAAAUGCUUAGUAACAAUCAAAUUAUAAACAUCUUACUUUAAAAUGUAACCUUUCUUAUAACUGUAAAAUAAAUAUGAUCAUACUUAGUGACGUACAAUAUUGGUACCAUUUCAUAUAACUGACGACAGAGACUUUUCUUCCAAUCAUCCUCUGAGCGGUGCUGAGACACCAUUCAAAUGUGUGCAGACUCGUUACAACAGGGGUGUCAAACUCAUUCCAUGGAGGGCUUAGUGUCUGAGGGUUUUUGGUUUUUCCUUUCAAUUAAGACCUAGACAACAAGGUGAGGGGAGUUCUUUACUAAUUAGUGACUUUAAUUCAUCAAUCAAUUACAAGGGAGGAGUGAAAACCGGCAGACACUAGGCCCUCCAUGGAAUGAGUUUGACACAGGUUCUACAUGGUCUUAUGCUGAGCCACACUGGCUGCGUUACAACUUCAGCUGUAAGCCAAGAGAAAGUGGUCUUGAUUAAAGUUAAUUAUAUUAUUUUGUAUUUUUCCCUGUUGACAGCUAUAAAUCCAUCUGAGAACAUCACAGUACUAUUGUUGCAUCCGCUAUAUGAAAUAUACACUAUUGCAAGCGCAGUUGUGAGUUUCACAGGCCAGAAAAUUUGACGUGUCGCUCCCUAUGCAAAUAAUCAAUUUCCUGUGUCUGUGAAACUCACAGCUGAGCUUGCAAUAGCACAUAUGAAUCAGAACAACCAGUGCUUUUAGGGGAGUGUAAGGCAAUUGAUGUUGCACCAUUUACAGAGCACGUAAACAGAAUUAAACAGAAUUAUCGGUCGGAACUGGUCCAGAACUGCUCAAAGUCCCGUAUUCUGUAUAGGGGACUUAACAUCUAAGAGGUUUUAAUUCAUGACAAAUUCCCCUUUGUUUAGAUACAUGAUGUAAUUUGUUUUUUUCUCACAAAGGGUUGCUACUAUCACUAUGUUACUACUGCACUACAUGCUAAAGACUAUGGCGUGAAGUUGGGGGUAGAUAUGUUUUGAGUAAGAGUGCUUCAUUUUUUGACCACUUAAGGAGCAUCUUCAAGUUUAUGCUAAAAUCCCUCUGAACAAAUAUUACAUACUGUAAGAGAAUGUCACAUGAAAAACAUAAAUAUGUUUAUUACAGUCCCAGAUGACAGUCAGUGCUGAGGUUAUGCAUACACUUAGCCUUGCUAAGAGCAUGGGAUCCUGCAACAAUGCAUAUUGGCUCAUUUACAUGUACAGGGCAGCGGGAGCAUGAGGACAAGCAUCUUGAGGAGUGAGCGGAGCAGGACAAGGGCACCAGGCAUGUCACCCGACUGACCGACAGGGAUACACAUUGUCACCACAACGUCCCCAUUACUCCCUCCCUGAGGAACGGGGGUCAGGACAAAGAGAGAACAGGGUGGCAGCUUUAUGACACAUAUUAUACAGACGCGGCCAUCUCAGAGGUUGUUUAUUCAAACACAAGGGCAGAGGGAAGCACACUGGCUGUGCAGCGAUCUGGGUGCUGGCGGGGACAGGAUGAUCGGAUCACGUACACUUACACUCAAAAUUAGAUCUGGGGUCAGGUCGGAUGAGUGUAUGGUUGAGUUUUCGAGUUUGACGAGGAAAGUAGUCGGGAACUUUUUGAUUAAUUGAGAUUAACACACACACACACACAUAAACCUCACUCACUCAGACUCACUUUGGCACAGCGUGCAGUUUCACUACUAGUUUCAAGGUCAGCAGAUUACUUAAAAGGGUACUUUCUGACAUUCAACAGUGUGACCCGUUUUUUCAUUCAACAGUGUGACCCGUUUUUCAGCUGUCAGCUCGACAUUACAGCCAUAAUUAAGGUAAUGAAGAUCAAUUAAGUGUCUAAGUCGCCGGGCUGCCUCCGACUCCACAGAUCUUUGACUAUUCCUUCUGUUCUUCUGUUCGAUCUAGGCAGGGAGGAGUGGUCCCUCUCUGUCUGGUCCUUGUCACUGCUGCAAAGCCCUCAUUAAUUGGAUGAACGUAUGGCCGCCACCACUCAGAUAAUGGCACUUUUAACUUUUAGCCGUGAUAAUUGACCAAUCUUUUCCCCCCAGAGAGUCGAUGCUCUGCGUCUGACUGGUGUCAGGACAAACCGGGGAGACAUGGGAAUGGGCUGA